AUGCGUCUCGACUCCUCGCUGGAAGAGGCCCCGUCGUCUUUUUCAAAUUCCCAAAACCAAAUGGAUUCCCCAAGGGGACCAAGCUCAUCGAGCAUGUCGAUGCGAUUGGAGCCAUCGCCGACUUCAGUAAUGCUGAGCAGACUUCAAUACAUAGAAGAACAAAGCGCACUGAUAACACCUCCUCCUGAACUUCGACUUCGAAGUCCUAUCCCAGAACCUCAGAAUAAUGCAGAUUGUGGUGAAGCAAAUCGGAGUGCCUCUGAGGCUAUCCGUCAAGCAAAUCAGUCGGCGUCUCAAGCGAUACAGCAAGCAACCCAACAAGCAACUCAGUCGAUACAACAAGCAAGCCGAGAAGCUUCGCAAGCUGCGCAGCAAGCCCAACAGUCUGCCUCGCAGGCAAUCCAACAGUUUUCGAACCAAGCCUCCCAGUCGAUCGCCGCAGCUUCUAGAAGUGUCUCGAGCGCGAUUCAAUCUGCAGAUCAAGCGAUAGCUAGUGCGAAGUCUUCGGCAGAUGCAGCGAUAGGAAGGGCAAAUGGAUCAAUGAUGACUGCGCAGGCCAGCGCUUCAUCAGCACAGGUAUGCCCUGAAAUGCCGGGGAGAUGUCCAGUCUACAGGAAAUGGAUUUGA